GAAUUGGAGCUGAGCUUCCACUUCUUCUCUUUCUCUUCCCAUCCCUCAAACACAACUCAACUCAGUCAUAGACUCACAGCGCAAACCAGUCGCUGGCGUCACCGUCUCUCACCUUGAAAAUAUGUGAGCUAUGUGCUGCUCGCCUGCCACCCACAGGCUACCUUAUUCUUAUCUCUCAGCUUGUCUAGGCCAUCUUUGACAUUGCUGUGAUUGGCAAACCUAGCCCUGUUUUUGGAGUACUGCUUAUUUUGCGCAAAUAGACGGUAUCGAAAUGAGUCAUACAGACCAUGGCAAACUCGAGAAUAGAUGCGCCCGGCGCGCCCGGAAAUGAAGGCCACAAACAGCCUAGGAAUAAACAGGACAAGUCGUCGGCUAGACCUCCGAAGAUCCCUCUUCAUCAGCUCUAUGCCUUGCCUGCGCCGAUCCGCACCUUUCCUCUGCCGAGCUUCUAUCCCAAUAACCCACUGUCGCUUUUUCAUGUGCUUUGGGCCUGGACCAACCAGCUACUCUCUCCACCUCCGGCCGAACCUUCGGUUAUUCACCAAGGCCGCUGGUCGCUCGAAACACGAUCCGCGCACAUUCACGAUCCCCUUUCAAUCAGAGCUCUCUGGGAGCAGGGCUUUUUCGGGAAAGGUAGUUACAGCCGAAGCGAGCCGAACUGGUUAAAACGAGAGCAGAAUAGGCAGGGACAGGGUGAGAAGAAGGUCUCGGAAUUAAUCACUGCACAAAGACGUGAAGAGCGGAAGAUGAUGAAAUGGGACCGUGCGAGGAAAGAACAGGAAGCAAUCCUAAAGACCCGGCUUGCAGAAGCCUGGGUUGCACCAGUUGGCCCCAAGGAACUUCUCGCCUUGCCCAACUCACUUCAAGAUCUUCAAUUAUCGCCCUUCGGACUCACUAAUGGUCACAUAACGUCUAAUAUCUCGUCAAAUACGAUUUUACCAGAUGGUCAGACCGGCUUGACUCGUGAAACGCCACCUGGGACCAUCACUACGAAUGCUACCGCCAGUCCUAUAGUGAAUGGUAACAGCGUUGGUGAAGACGAAAAGAUUCCCUUCCCUUUGCUGAACGGGGAGAUUACUGCGACAGAACCUGCCACGGGGGCACCAGAUGCCGUUGCUUCAACCCUAAAGCGGAGGAAAAGCGUACGAUUUUCACCUACUGUGGAGUCGACGACUUUCCAACUUAGUGAUCCUCCAGCAAGCCCUCACAUCAAGUCAUUAUCAAAUGGCAAGGUAUCCAGCAUUGAUGUCGCAAAUGAAUCGUUGCGAUUGUCACAGAGUGGAGAAGAGGUUCCGACUGAGAUGUCGGAUGUCCCAGUGGCUACAGAAAGUUCGGCGGCUUCGCUGGAUAUUGUAGAUAGGGAGCAUCUCCAGCUGACCAUGGAAGAAACCUUCUAUCUCACCUUUGGCCUGGGCGCCCUCACUGUUGUCAACCCUACUACAGGCAAAGUUAUGGCAGUUGAAGAACUGUUUCCAUUGUUUCGCCGGUUGUCUUAUGACUCUCCCAGCACGGCUGUAAUGCGGCCAGACGACCCGUUUCUUGUACAGUACGCCGUCUAUCACCAUUUUCGGUCGUUGGGAUGGGUUCCCAGGCCCGGGAUCAAAUUCGGAGUCGACUGGCUUCUGUACAUUGGUGGACCUGUAUUCGCACAUGCCGAAUUUGCUGUCAUUGUCCUGCCCGCUUACACAGAUCCAUAUUGGAAGACGCACGAUCAUGCAUCUCCAAAACGGUCAUGGCAUUGGUUACAUUCGAUCAAUCGGGUUCAGACUCAUGCUCUGAAGACCAUGGUGCUUGUAUAUGUGGACAUACCACCACCUACAGAAACCUCGGAUCCCUCCAGCAUCUUGAAGCAGUAUAAAAUCCGCGAAUUCGUCAUGAAGCGUUGGCUCAGCAAUCGUAGUAGAGAAUAGCCUCACUCAUUUGAUAUAUGAUGCCCACCGUUGUAGGAUAGAACUGUUGGAGGUUGGAAUAUCAAAGGUCUAUAGAACCGCCACUAUCUUGGGCAACUGAGAUAGAUGAUAAAUAUAUGCACAUUUUCGAAG